CCUUACACGGGUCCGUGUGCUUUGUACUAUGUGUGCUUUACCCAGUGCACUACCACCCAGCCCCUGCUUUUUCGUUUUCUUAACUGGUUAUAUUCUCUAGCCAUUGUGGAAUGUAGGGUAAGCCUUUUUCUCGUUUCCUGACGUCAAGCUCACACUCUGCCUGUCGUGAAUACCUUUUCUAAAUAAAUCUGUAUUCCUUUCCUCAUCUCUUCCCCUACCCCACCCUGCAAAAAAAUAAAAAAUACAACUAAGAAGGAGACACCAAAACCAGUCAAGAUGACAAGUGGAAACUAUCCCCACCUGUCAUCCUCUCUCUUGGUUAUGCCAUGGCUGCCCCACAGGACUCCACUGAAACUCCUUAUUUGCUGCCCCCAAACCGCGAGGACUGGGAAGGACAGGCCAUUGCUGACUUUGUCUAUGGGCAGAAGGAACUUGUGCCCGGAGGGGUUCAGUGGCCGCGGGUCACACCCUGUCUCCCCAAAGCCCUGCUGUUGUCUCGCUUUGACUCUGCAGUCCUCUCCGCCUGGGAGCAGAGGGUGGAGCUGGGUUUGUUUCGCUAUCGCCUACGAGACCUGCAGACCCGAAUCCUCCCUGGUGCGGUGGGGUUCGUGGCUCAGCUGAAUGUGGAGCGAGGUGCACAGAGAAGACUCCCACAGAACAUCUGGGGUGUGCGGCAACCAUUUGACCCGGACCAGUUUAACUUCAACAAGAUAAGGCCAGGAGAGGUUCUCUUUCGUUUACAGAGGGGUCCCGAUCUCUCACCUGCCCUCCAGCAAGAGGACAUCCUGGUGGUGAUCAACGUCAGCCCCUUGGAAUGGGGCCAUGUGCUGCUGGUGCCCGAGCCUGCUCGGGGGCUCCCCCAGCGCCUGCUGCCUGGCGCACUGCGGGCUGGGCUGGAGGCUGUGCUCCUCAGCUCGCACCCUGGCUUCCGGGUGGGCUUCAACAGCCUCGGGGGGCUGGCCUCAGUAAACCACCUCCAUCUGCACGGCUAUUACCUGGCACACAGGCUGCCUGUGGAGGGGGCCCCCAGCCAGCCCCUGGACCCUGGAGGCCAUUUGCACGAGCUCCAGACCCUCCCAGCCCCUGGCUUCCUCUUUUACACCAGCAGAACAGACUCUGACUUGGACGCUUUAGUAAGCAGGGUGUGUCGGGCCACCAACUACCUAACUGACCAUGAGAUCGCACAUAACUUGUUUGCGACCCGGGGGGCCCCACCUGGAGAGACCUCACUCUCCUCAGCCCUCGCAGGGAUCCGGGUGAUCCUCUGGGCCCGGAAAUCCAGCUUUGGGAUAAAGGAAGGUGAGGCAUUCAAUGUUGCCCUCUGCGAGCUGGCGGGGCACCUCCCUGUCAAGACGCCCCAAAGUUUCAGCAGCCUGACAGAGGCGGCCGCAGUGUCCCUGAUCCAGGACUGUCUGCUACCCCCAGCUCAGGCCGAAGAGGUCCGGGCGGCACUGGUGGCCCUAAUGGCUGAGGAGGCAGAGUAGUCCUUCUACAGGUAUUUGUCUCCUUCUGAAGUGAACUCCCUUCCCAGAGAGCUGUCUUCAGUCAUCAUAUGGGCAUCCCCUCACCUUUCCCACCAGAAGAGGAGGUGGAGAAGGGGUGGGAGGUCUCUGAGAAAGAGAAACCUUGCAGUAAAUGGAACGAAUGA